AUGUCAAUUGAUCCGGAGGCACGAAGAAAAUUAUUGAGUUUGCAGAAAGUAGGUGAGAACAAGAGAUGUUUUGAUUGUUCUGCGCCAAAUCCGCAAUGGGCUUCUCCUAAGUUUGGGAUAUUUAUUUGCUUGGAAUGUGCAGGUGUGCACAGAGGGUUAGGUGUCCACAUUUCUUUUGUGCGAUCAAUAACGAUGGACCAGUUAAAGCCAGAGGAAACGUUAAGGAUGGAAAUUGGCGGUAAUGAAAGAUUGAAACAAUAUUUCAUCGAGAAUGGGGUUGACUUGUCCUUGCCAGCAAGGGCAAAAUAUGAUAACUAUGUUGCCGAGGAUUACAAGGAGAUGCUUACAUGCGAAGUGGAAGGCAAAGAAUUUGUGCCAAAGGACCACUCGGGCCAAACGUUACCUGAUAAAAAUAACACAGACCCAGCCACAGCCGCAGCCGCAGCCGCUAAAUCUGAAAAUACCUCUUCAUCUGCCAUUCUUCAAGCAAAAAAGGCUAGCGCAGACAAUGAUUUGAAAACGAAAAACGAAGCAUUUUUUGCAAGUUUGAGUGCCAAGAAUGAGUCUAGGCCUGAAAACUUGCCUCCUUCUCAAGGAGGCAAAUAUGCAGGGUUUGGAAACACUCCACAACCAAAUUCUUCUUCAAACUCAACUAGUAGCAACGGAUCAUCAUUAUCCAGUUUCACCAUUGAUAACUUCCAAAAAGAUCCUCUCGGCACUUUCACAAAAGGUUGGAGUCUUUUUUCUUCAUCUGUAGCCAAAUCUAUGCAAGAAGUCAACGAUAGUGUAAUUCAACCAGGAUUGCACUCAAUCCAACAGAGUGAAUUUGGAAAUGAAACUAAGAAAGCUAUGGCUCAAUUUGGACAAAAGAUGCAAGAAACAGGCAAAUAUGGACAACAAACUUUUCAAACUUUUACAAAAGAAGUGAACGAAGAAGGAUUAAAUAAAGCCAUCGACCAUAGAUUUAAUAGUUUGUGGGGCAGAAAAAACUCAGGAUCCGAAGCGCCAACGGCGUUUGGGUACCAAAAGCUAGAUGGUGGAGUUGAGAGUGGAAAAGUAUCAAGCGAAAAGAAAAGUGAUGAUGAGGAUAAAUGGGACGAUUUUUAA